AUGGCUCCUACAUUCCGCGCAGAACAAAUCGGGUCGUUGAUGCGGCCCGAGGAGCUGUUGGCUGCCCGUAACGCCGCCGGACUGGGGCACAUCUACACCCGAACCAACGUGCCGGAAGAUGUGCAGCAGGUGACAAAACAGGCGAUCGCCAAGGUGGUGGAACAGCAGCAGGCGCACAAGGUGCGCCCUAUCAUGACCGGAGAGUUUGAGCGGCCCAUCUUCUAUGCCGGAUUUUUUGAGAACCUGGAGGGUUUCGAGUUGACCAAGGUCCCCAUUCCUGCAGGCUACCGGACGGGGCUUCCGACCGUGCAGACGCUCGAGAAGCUGGGCAUCAAGGAACGGGAUGCCUGCGUGGCUGUGGGUAAGAUCCAGCACGUGCGCAGCCCGUACCUGGCCGACUGGGAGCACCUGCGGAGUCUGGUGCCACAGGAACAGUGGAAGGAGUGCAAGAUGAGCAUGCCAUCUAUCACUUGGCAGCACCAACAUUUGCGCGCAGGGGCCGCCUUCACGGCGUCUAGUCCGUACACGACCGACAAAGAGUACUUUGCAGACCUUGCAAGGGCCUUUGCACGGGAGUACCGGGUCCUUUACGACGCGGGAUUGCGCUCCAUUCAGGUUGACGAUCCGGCCAUGACAUUCUUUGUCACGGACGAGAUGCGAUCGGGGUGUCUGGCGGAUGGGAUUGACCCGGAUGAACUGCUGGACUUGUAUAUUUGGGCGCACAACGAAAGUCUCCGGGGCCGACCCGCAGAUCUUCAUGUCGGAGUGCACCUCUGUCGAGGCAAUAUGCCCGGGUCAACGCACGUACUCAGCGGGUCGUAUGAGCGGAUUGCGCGACGCAUGUUUACUAAGCUCGACUACGACACGUUCUACCUGGAGUAUGACACGGAGCGCGCAGGAGACUUCCAGCCGCUGCGGCAUUUGCCGGUGGGCAAGAACGUGGUGCUGGGAGUGGUGUCGACGAAGGCACCGGAAUUGGAGACGGUAGAGGAGCUGCAGGCGCGAGUGUAUGAAGCGGCGGAUGUGAUUGCACAGGGGCAAGGCCGGAGUCGGCAAGAGGUGCUCGAUAGCUCGCUUGGAGUGAGUCCGCAGUGUGGUUUCUCGAGUGUGAGCUAUGGUCGGGGAAUAGGAAUGACGGAAGAGCACAUGUGGGAGAAGUUGCAGUUGGUGCAGAAAGUGGCCGAGCGGGUGUGGCAGUAA